UGUAGGAAAUAACUUACGUCUUUAUCUGUAGCAUACUGACGUUUUCAUUUUGAGUAUAUAAGUAUCAUCCAUCAGGAAUUGUUUUGAACUCAAAAAUGAAAUUAUUCGUUGAAAAAAGCAUGCCUCAAAUAAAUUAACAAAAUAAAGUUGCAAUACAUUUAGAAACAGAUUUGUAGUUUUGUGUCAAAGGUUUGAAUGUUACCAAUACAGAUUAUACAAGUAGCACAGAAUGUUAUAACAUCUCGAAAAUAUAUUUCCAGUACACAAACGACAUGAGUGACGAAGAGUUACAAAUACAAAGCAAAUGUAAACAACGUUUUAAAGGAAUCGAAAACUUUCUUCGCAGUAUAGCCUUUAACUUGGGGAAUACACCAUCACAGACAGAAGUCAAAAUAAUAUCUUGUAUACCAAUCGACGUAACUGAUCUCCAAGAGAAGAUCGUUAACUUGGAGAAACAAUUAAAUGAAGCCAAGCAGUGUACAAAGAAGGAAGAAGUAUCGCCUACUACACAAGUCAGUAUGUGCAAGCAUAUGUUGUCCAAUUUUUGCGACCCGAUCGACUCCUCGCAAAUUAACCAUAUCGUUAAACAUAGUGAUUGCGUAGAAGACACUAAUCCAAAAGAUAGUAUAUCUGCUACAUGCACUGCUAUACCCAUGGCCAAUGAAAACUGUUAUCACCAAUGUACUGAUAACUCUAUACUGACGGACAGAUGUAGGGUCGACAAUAAAAGAAAUAUUUUUAGAAAAGCUUUGAAGAAAAAAGAGGCAAAGAAGAAAGAUAGCUGUAAACAGCAGUUCAUAUAUUACGCUCAAACCACAAAUUCACCUUUCAAUAAUUAUGAUAUCAAGGGAAAAUCAACAAUUAGAUACAAUAGAAAUGUUAAAAAGACUCGUGAUAUUAGCCGGUCAUAUUUUGUUGAUAUGAUACGUAGACAAUACCAGCCACGGCCUAUAUUUGAUGAAUUCUCGGAUACUAGCCAAUUUACAUCACCAAUCUGUAGAGACAUUGAGCAAAGUUUCAAUACUCCCUUUAGAAAUAAGUCUGACGUAUGUUCUUGCUGUCAUGGACAAUUCCACAAUUUGGACCACCCUAUUAGAAAUUCGAAUGAUUUAGAAGUAAAUUCAAGAAAUAUUUUAAAUAUUGAUAACAGUAAUAAGUCUAAUUAUUACGAUUCCAGUAUGUAUGAUGUAAUACCAGUUAAAGAGAAAAGCGCCAAAAAUAAAGAAAUCUCUAGAAUUAAACACGGAAAAAGAGAUCUAAUAGAUACAAUUUAUCCAGCCGACGCAACUGCUAAUUCUAAACGUAAACCUCGACGAUUUGAAGUCAAUUUUCACACAUUACCACAAGCAAAAUUUAAUUACCCAAAGAAACUUUCAGUUUCUUUGCCGGUUAGAAAUGAUAAAAUUAGUAGAACUAUACCAAAACGGGCUAAAGGAAUAAUACUAGUAAAUCAUCAAAAACCCAUGGGCACUUCCGAUACUUGUAUUGAUUGCGGUGAUGUAUAUGUAAAACAGGUCAACAAUAAACCGUCUAAGAAACAUAAAUUGUUACUUACAUACAAAAAUGCGGAGAGCUUAACAGUUAACGUUAAUGACACUGAAUGUCAAACAACCACAACAAACAGUAUAGAAGUGGAAUCAACGUUACAAGAUAGUAAAACUGAAGAAACAUUGAAUCAGAUAAAGACAAUAUUACAAUCAGUAUUAACAGAAGUAAAGACAAAUACUCAGUUAAAGAAGUUACCGGAAGACAAGCCCACAAAAGAUGCAACUGUACAAAAAGGAGCUUCCCACGACAUUAUCGAGGAUAAAUCGAGCCUUCUGCACAGUGUCACAUAUAGUCCCUAUAACAUGAAUCCUUACAAUGCCUCUUGUUCGCGUCACAUGAGCUCUGGUCACUUCUGCUACUCGGGUUUGCCGUGCUCUUCAUUGAAAUACAUGCAAAACUUUCCAGUAUUUAUUCAGACACCGGGUCGUCAUAUGUAUGCGAAUUGUUACAGAAACAAUUCGCAUGUCAAUAAACCGAUGACCACCAAACAAGCCGCCACCAUUUCCACCAACACUGAAAUAAUAAAAGAGGAACGCAGUAAAGAAACUGACAAAUUAAUUAAGGACAUAUAUAGAUCAAUAGCGCUCAACAUAGAUGUCCCUACGAAAGAUACAUCCAUGAGUGAAUAUGAGGAACUAUCGAGUAAACCUGACACGAAUAUAAAAUCUAACUACAGAGUCGACAAGAUAUACGGUCUUACUGCUAAAACCACUACAAAUAAUGUUUUAAAAAGAGAUAUACAAACACAUAGUACUUUUACUUCGAACACAUUAAGUAAGUUAAGAUCGAACACCGUAAGCAUGCAAUCUCAUGUCGUUAGCACAACUGACAAGGAUGGUCGUCCAAGAAGUAGUAAAAUUGAACAAUUCCUAGUUAACAGAAGUGCUCGUCACUCGAAACACGAGGAUGAUAUAGAUGAACAAAUUGAGUUGGACAAAGCUAGCAGCUCAACUAUCACUAUCAAUGAAGAUACAGAAAUUUCUGAUGAAGAAACAGAAAGCGAGGAUACUUAUAUACCUCCAAAGGAAUCAACAAAGAAAAAAGAAAAGGUGAAUCUGUUUUGCAAAAUGUUUAAUUCGGUAAAGUUUUUCAAGAACAAAAAUAAGAAAGAGAAGGCAAUACAGAAUGUUAAUGAAUACGAACAAGAAUCAGAUAUGAACGAGUCUGACGAAUAUGAAACAAUUUACAGUCAGAAAAUUGACCGCACGACACCUGUGUCAAGUCAAGUACGUAAAAAAGCACCUCAUUCGAAGAUAUCGUACUCUAGACAAAUGAGAGACCGGAAUCAAGAGAGAUUUAGAAGAUUGCCGUAUAUGGAGCAGGAAUAUAGACGCCAAUGGAAUGAGAGGCUUAUGUUCCAAGAACAGCAGCGCCAGUUCUCUUCUGAUCGGAUGUACUCGAAGGAAACCAAUCGAUACAAAGAACAGCCGAUGUACUGUCGAAAUUACGAGGCAAGAUCUGCUCUUGUGGACCAAAAUAUAUCCCCAUAUCAGCAAAGAGAAGCAAACGAAAGAUACACUAAGACACUGCAAAAUGAGAGAAAUGCUAAAAGAGUCAAAACAAAAGGACUGACUUGGUUGACGAAACGCAAACUCGGAUUACAAUGUGGGGAACAAUGGAAGAAGCUUAUUAUAGACAGCUGACUGUAUUUACUACACUUACUUGAUCUUCAUGAUAGUAAAAAUUAUAAUUAUAUGAAGU